AUGGUAAGAAAUUUCUAGCGUUAUAAUAUUUGCCCUAAAAAGAAAAUUCUAGAGAUCAUGUUAUCUUUGUUUACAAAAAAUAAUGAUAGAUGUCUUUGUUUCAUGUGAAUUUAUAGACAUAUAAAAUUAGAAUCAUGAUAGAUUCUUACAGAAAAACGCUGUUUUCUUUUUUUUUCUAAAUUUCAAAUCCUAAUAUAUAACAUUUCAUGACGAGAGCUUCAUCCAAGUUUUUAUGAGCGAGUAGAACUUUGAAAAAAAAAUUACAGAACCUGAAUAACAAUACCUUCUAUAAAAUAUUUAUUUCCUGGUUCAUACAUAUAAUGUUGACCUUUAAAAGUCUACCAUUUCAGAAAACAAACAUUAUUUUCAUGUUAUCUUUUCAGAAACUCUCUUUUUUUGCUAAAAUCUCAUGUGUUUCGUUGAUCCGCGUAGGCUUCACACAAAUUUCCCAAAUGUUUUUUUCUGCACGUCAAAUUUCAAAUAACACAUUUUCCACUGUAAAAAAUGAAUCUAAAAAAGCUUUUCUCACCACAAAACUCAAACUUCAACCGGAAGAAAAUUUUUUGAUCAUUUCAAUGAACCAUAAAAGUGCUUUCCAACUAAAAUUGAGAUUUAGUUUAUUUUUUCAAAAUGAAAAAGAAUUAAUUACAAAAUUGAGGGUCUUCCCCCGAAAAUUGUAUGCAUAUGAAUUUAUGAUUAAUACAUAGAUUAUGCGAUUUCGUUGUGGGCGUCCUUGAUCUUUUCAACGUCGACUUGUUUUGACGUUGAUCAAUAUAAUCUUCGUUUGUUUUUUGCAAAAAAAAAAACAAAACAAAUUUUGUCACAUGUUUGUAGAUAUGCACUUUGUAUUGGGGAAUCCCUUUUUGAACUAUGUAAUAUUUGUUUUUCAUUCACUUACACAUACUUUCAAAAGUAAAAAAAAUCGACUUUAGUUGUUUGAUAUUUGCUCCCAUUUUCAUUGUGAAAAUAGUGAGAGAAAUAGAGAAGACAAGACAAUGAGUAAUUAAUAGUACUCUAGGUGCACUCUUUGACUUUUUUCUGUUGAUCAAUCGAUAAUUUCUGGGUUCAUUCGUCAUUCUUUGUUGGUUUUUUGAUGUAAUACAAGAUAAAGUGAUGUUUGAAGUCAGUUGAAUAGUGCAAAUCUGACGUCCUUCUAAUUCCAAGAACCCUGUCUCGAAAAAUAUCGAGAAUCUUUUUCAGUUAUUUUUAUUUCAGUCUGUCGUUACCGUUUUUUUUUCCAAUUUUUCUCUAUUUCUUUUAAUUUUCAAACAACUUAAGAUUAAAUACAACAAAACGUUGUUAUUUGUUUUCAAAAUAAUUCCUGGUCUGAAUAAAAAAAUAGACAUCAAUCAAUAGUACACAGCCUGUUUCCCGCAUGAUAGGAUGGCGGGAACAAAAAUUAAUAGAUUGCGAGAAAUAUGGAGGGCACAGAGAAACAUGAUUUUUCCGAGUGAGUGUUGCGUUUUCUCUCUGCCAUCUCUCUGGUUUUUUCUUCAUCUUUUUUAUGUCUUGCGAUUUGGUUCAGUUGGAAUCACACGUUCAUAGCACUCAUCUCGUACCCCCAUGAAUAUGCCUUUCUCUGUCGCUCUCUUUUCUUCGUCAAUCUCUUGCUGGCACAUUUUUUUGUUCCAAAAACUGCGCUCUCUUCAUUUGUUGUGCUCUUUUUUCUUCUAUGUAAUUUGCACUCGCCCUUCUUUCCUUAUUCUCUUUUUUUCCAGACUUGCUCUCCGUUCAAAGUUUCGCUACGACUUUACGUCAUUUUUUAUUUGCAACCAGUACAAGUUGCAAAUAAUUCACCCUAUCGCAAACAGUUCAUAUUUCAACAAACGAAACUGUAUAACAAAACUGGAGCCGCUGAAAAUUACUCGCAUUACGAUUAUCAUCAAAUGCCCUAUGUUAGUUUUUUUUCAAUUAAUUCUAAAGUGCACCUUCUUUUGGGAAUAUUUUUAUUUGGGUUUUGAUUUUCCGCAACAAAAUGUCUAAAAUAAAGAUCUCCAUGUUGCGCAAAAUUAUUAUCAGUUAUUGUAUUUGCAGCAAGGACAAAUCAAAUUGAUAAGAAAAUUGUCAAAUUCCGGGUUGAAAAAUGAAAUAUUUACAAGUUCAAAAAUGAUUCAAUUUUUUCAGAAUAGUAGUGUGGCAACGAGUAUGUACAAUACUCGGAGAUCCGCAUACUUGAAUGCAUGUAGCACAUCGGAAACAAUCACAUCACAACGAAAUCAUUUGGCUUCAUGGUCACAGGAUGAUGAUUAUAUUCCAACAUCGUGUGGUUCAAACAAUUCACCGCUACAAUAUCAUUCUGCAAAAGGAAGGUCUUCUUCACCAAUAGGUUUGUGUUUUUUUGGAGAACAGAAAAAAUAACGAUGCUAAUUUAGAUCAAAAUUAUGAGACUAGGGAGAAAAAAUCGUCUAGAAAACGAGCGAAUACAACAUCAAGUGGUAGUGGAGAGAAUAAAAGGACUGCGAACAAGGUAAUUAAAAAAAAUUAAAAAAAUUGAAACAGUGAAAUUGUAUUGUCUCACAAAACAUCUGAAAGAUUAUGAGUUUUUGGUUUUCUAGGCCAUAUUCUUUUUCUUCCAAGGAUCGAAACAUUUUUUAAUUCACAUAUUUUUUAAUACUUUUUUAAAUUCACACAAUCUUGUAAAGCAUAAAAAACCAAAAUUGAACUUUUGAAAUCCCUUGAAAACAAAAAAAUAUUCUAGAUCUGUCGAGUCUGUGGGGAUAAAGCGUUCAGCUACAACUUCAACGUCAUCACUUGUGAAUCUUGCAAAGCGUUUUUCAGAAGAAAUGCCAACAAAGUAAUUUUAAUUUCUCAUUUUUAAUUAACUCAACCAUAGAGCAAAAAUUAUUUUUUUAGGAAAAGGAAAUCCGUUGUCCUUUUAAUGAACGAUGCGAAAUCAAUACAGUAUCUCGUCGGUUUUGUCAAAGAUGUCGGCUUGCCAAAUGCUUUAACGUUGGAAUGAAAAAAGAAUGGAUUAUGUCAGAUGAAGCACGAUUAGAAAAGAAACAACGUGUCGAGGAAAAUCGAGAGAGACGGUUACAGGAUGCUUUGAAUCGAGCAAUGGAAGAAGACUCGAUUGAUAGUGAAGAGCAAAGUUUGGAUGAAGCACCUGAACCACAAAUGAAUCAACAGAAUAUGCAGGAUGAAUCGAUGCUUCCUUCAAUGCAACAACAAAUGAAUCAGAAUCAAAACCAAAAUCAGAAUCAAAACCAGAAUCAACAAUAUCAAAUGAAAGAUGAUUCGAAGCAAAAUGCAAUGUUUUCACAGAACAAUGACUUCUCGAAUCACGCAUAGUAAGUUAUUUUGAAAUUUAAUUUUGGGAUUCGGAAGUUUUAAUAAUGGAGAACUUCUAAGCUUUAAAUUCAUCACAAAAAUUGUACUUUUUUUAAAUGCCCUUUCAAGCCCGUACAAAAGCCUUAAUAAUCUGAAUUUGAUAAAUCCCUAUCUGAAUUUAGCCCCCCAAAAGUAUUUUGAAUGAAAAGUGCAUUUAUAGAAUCCACAUGAGGUCUACAUCAGUUGUACUUUCUAUAGCUGGCUAGACAUAAUUUGUAUUCUAAUUUCUUGAGUUGUUGGAAUCGUUGAUCUCUGAUUAAAGAUAUCCCGUUUCAGUGAUUUUGCUGGAAUGACCUCGCACACAUCAACUUCUCAACUAUAUCACCCGCACCAAAUGGUUGAUCCGAUCCCAACCACUGGCGCUUCGUCGACUGCAGAUGUUAGCGCAACAACAACAUCAAUGCCAACGAUGGAUAUUGAUCCAACCACAACUAUGACAAGCAACGGAUUUAUGCCGCCAUCGUUGGCUCGAAUGGAUCAAUCUGGUCUCAUUCCACCGGUUGAAGUUGAGCAAACUUUGUUGAAUGUUCAGGCUCAAGCUCAACUUGCUGCACAGGUUCAACACGUUCAGGCUGCCAUUAAUCAUCAGCAACAACAGGUAUAUUCUGUUUUCUCUGUGUUGCUUUUGAAUUAGUCUUUAUUUUAGCUUGCCGCUGCUGUAGUCGCUCAACAAGUUGUCGCUCAAAUGGGUGUUCCGCCAGUUCCAGCUACUAACAAUCUACCCCCACCAAUCAUCCCACCAACACCUGCUCUUCAGCAAAAUCUCAAUCCGAUGACACCAAUCGCUCCUCAAAUUAUUCAACCACCGACUGGAAAUGUUGUUAUGAAUCAGAUCAAUCAACAGAACUCUGAUAUGAUUACAAUACCCAAAGAAGUUUUGUUGAAGCUGAUUCAGAGCAAUUCAAUAAGAUCAAUGAGUUGCAGUUGUAGUUGUGCGUGUGGAAGAUAUCCGCCAGGAUCGAAUAUUGUUGAAGAAGUCACCAAAGAUUUGUUGAAUGGUGGAAGUUCGAAUAGCAGUUCAGCAGAUCCACAAAAAGAGGAAACACGAUUAGAAACCGCAGAAGAUAUGCAAAGAAAUGGAUUGUUACCUUCAGAUGAUAGUAGUGUACAAUGGCUAAAUAGUGCAGCAUUGAAUAUUGAUCCGUCCUAUAUGGAAGAUUCUUGCUCGUCGCGACGUGACUCGGUUUUCAUUCCUCUACUUGAAAACGGUGCUUAUUACACCAAAGUCACAAUAUUUAUCCCCAAUUUAGAUUUAUUUUCAGCAUUGUCGGAUCCGGUGCCUCCAGAAUUCACCGAUCUUGAAAAGGAAAAAUUAAGUGAGGUGAAUGCACUUGCGAAUCAAUGGAUGAAUGAUGGAUUGGAUAGUUUUUCACUUCUCGAACUUCACAAAGAUCGCGGUGUUCGUCUUAUUACAAACGGUUUGAGAAUAAUCACAAGUUUUGAUUCACUUCCCAGAGAGGAUAAAAAACUGCUGGUUUAUCGUAAGUUUGGAUGAAUGAUUUGAAAAAAUCAAUUUUUAUUUAUUUUUUUUUCAGAACGUCUUCACGCAUAUUGUGUGGUCAAAUGGAUUCAACAUAAUGAAAGUAUGAGUUUGGAAGGCAUAAAAUCUGAUUUAGCUCAUAAAUUGACAAGGUAGGCAUUUUUAUAUGAAAAAUAUCAUAUCAUCUUCCACUCUUUGAAAUUUUUCUGGAAAAAAAUAAUGAUUUCCUGAAUCGAAAACUAACUGGAAUCCUGAUAUUCAUUUUGAUUUUCAGAAUAUUGGAACACGACGCGAUGAAUCUCCGAGUUCAGCCAAGUGUUUUCAAUACUUUGGCAGUUAUCUUGUUAUAUCAUGUUGAUGAACAAUCCGAUCUUGCUGACACAGUUCAAGGGGAUCGUGAUGAAUAUAUGAAAUUGUUGCAAAAGUGAGUAUUCUUAUUCCCUUUUUAUUUUUUUUUCUAAUUUUCAAUAUAAAAAUUUUUCAGAGUAGUUGCGAUGAAUAGUAUGAGAGAUGAUGAAUUUUCCCAACUCCUCGAAAUUGUUCCAGAUGUUCUUAGUGCAGCAGCAUAUCUUUGUGAACUGACUGGUGGUCUACAAGAAUACUUUUUAGAUACAUUGUUUUAA